AUUCUUAUCUAAACAAGCUCCACAAGCAAAUUUUCCUUCUCCACAUAUAUAAAAUAUGCUAAUGACAUCUGAUUAACACAAUUAAUUUCACUAAUCAUACUUAACCUACUAAGUACACAACAAUAAUGACAUAGCACCACAGCUAACAUAUAAUAAAAAAAACAAUCCUCAUCAAAUUUUGUCUUCAUUCUGCCACAUAAGUAAAACAAAACACACUCACAUAGCCUCUGUGUCAUAUUCUGGAAGCUUGCGUACAGACCAAUACAAUCAAUAUAUAGCUAUCUCCUUCGUUUAUAUUCUCCAUCUUCACCCUUUCUUUAUCCUCUGCAACUUCUUCCCUCCAAAUGAAGAAAAAUAUGCUUCUCUCUGCUCUUAUGGCCGUUGCAGUCUCUUUCUUCUCCUUGACGAUGAAAGAUUAUUUUUCUUUGUAUCAGUCGCCAGCAGAAAAUGGAGAAGAAAGCAGAUUGAAAGAAGCUUUUAUCAAUGGUGGAGCAGUAGGGCCUGAGAGCCUUGCAUUUGAUAAGGAUGGUGAGGGGCCUUACACAGGUGUAUCAGAUGGUAGAAUAUUGAAAUGGCAAGGAGAUGAUAUUGGAUGGAUUGAAUUUUCCAGUGUCUCCCCUUCUCAUAUGUUGGAUGAAUGUAGAGGCUCACAAGAUCCAAAACAGGAAUAUUUAUGUGGGAGACCACUUGGAUUAUGUUUCUGUAAGAAGACAGGAAAACUAUAUGUUGCUGAUGCAUAUUUUGGCUUGUUAAUAUUUGACAACAAAGAUAAAGUUCCUACCACAGUUUCAAAAGAGGCAGGAGCUCCAUUUUACUUCACCAAUGCAUUGGAUAUUGAUCAGGAAACUGGAGUAAUAUAUUUUACUGUCAGCAGUGCAAAAUUCAGAAGAAGUGAGUUCUUAUCAGCAAUCAUAACAGGAGACAACACAGGAAGAUUAAUGCAAUAUGACUCCACCACCCAAAAAACACAAAUCCUGCUCUCUAACCUAUCAUUCCCAAAUGGCGUUGCAUUAAGCUCAGAUGGCUCUUUUCUGCUCAUUGCAGAGAGCACAAAUUGUAGAAUUCUAAGAUACUGGCUUCAAAACUCAAGCUUUGAGGUUUUCUUCCAGCUUCCAGGAUUUCCUGAUAAUAUAAGGAGAAGCCCAAGAGGAGGGUUCUGGAUUGCAUUACAUUCAAGAAGAAGCACGAUUGAGAAAUGGCUUCUUUCUCUUCCAUGGAUUAAGAAGGCUUUCUUCUAUGGUUCCAAUUUGUUUCCAUCCUCUAGUAUUAAUGGCAUGAUGCAGUUUUUAAAGAGAAUGCCAACUAAGGGAGUCAUGGCAAUGAGAUUGGAUGAAGAUGGUAACAUAAUAGAAGUUUUGAAGAAUCCUGGAGAGAGGAAGAUGGUGUUCAUCAGUGAGGUGCAUGAGAUGAAUGAUAGUUUGUGGAUAGGAUCUGUGAUGAUGCCAUUUUUUUGGCGUUAUAAGAUAUAAUCAAUGAUAGAUGAGUUUAAUAGAAUGGAAUUCCACUCAGAUUGAACCAGUUUCCAUUGAAAUUUGGAAUUAACAUUUUGAAUUUAACUUAUUGAUGUGAAUGCA